CACAAGCACAGGACCGGAAUACUGCAGGCACCAGACCGGAAUGCCACCGGCCCUCAGCACCUGAAGGAAUUAAUGGCUACGAUUGGACAGGUUAUCUUCUGGGGAAUGAUCAUCCUCAUUUUCAUCGUCAGUGGAUUAAUCAUUCUGAUUCUGUCCCUUGCGUUUACAGGAUCCCAGACUCCCUUUGUGGACACUCCGGGCGCUCCUGCGGUUGGGAAUGUCGGUGAGGACGUCCGGCUGGGCUGCAGGUUCCGGCCCUCGGGCCCCGGGGCCGAGCCGGCCGACGCCGUGUCCGUCACCUGGGAGAGGGCGGGGCUUAGCGGGGUGGUGUUCCGCUACCAGAACCGAGCCGCCCAGCUGCAGGACCAGAACCCGCGCUUCCGUGACCGCGCCCAGAUCUUCCCAGGACUGCUCCCUUCCGGGAACGCCUCCCUGCUCCUCCGGCGCGUGGAGCUCAGGGACGCGGGCCUGUACCGCUGCAGCGUGAGCGCCCCUAGUGGCCGGGGGACUGUGAGCGUGCGCCUCCGAGUGGCUGCGUAUUCCCCUCUGAGCUUCACCCUGAAAGAGCAGAACCUGACUGCGGAGGCACAGAGGUGGUACCCCAAACCCAGUGUCAGCUGGUCUGACCACGAGGGGCGGCCCUUGAACGCAAGCAGGCGCUUCUUCAACAACUCAGCGGGUAUAUUCCGCGUGGUGACGACUCUGCUCGAUCCGGUCCGGUAUGACGACACCUACACCUGCCUCAUCAGCAACGACCUGGUCACCUCCGUCUCCCCAGCAACAGUGACAGAAAGAGGAGUAACGGCCAGGACGUACUUCACCUUUAACCCCUCACCCCCACUGAUGCCCCUACACCUGGUCUUCAUCGCUCCUCUUCACCUGGGGGCAUACUACCUGCUCACCUGAACACUGAUCACUACUG